GGGCGUGGCCCCGCCUACCAAGAUGUCGGCGCCCAUGAGCGAGGAGGGAAGAGCUUCGCCGUCGAGGGGGUUAGUCCAAGUUCUUCGCCUCAGAGGGAAGCGGGCGAGUGACUGCUGUGGCUCUUGGGAAUGGCAAGAUCAGCAGCAAAAAAAGGCCUGGGACUCACUGUUUUAGCUAUCCAAAGUAUUCAUUCCUGUUACGUCACGAAUAAAGGACCAAAACUUCAAGCAGCAUGGAUGCCUGACACCUUCUGGAGCAUCUCCUGAAAUAAAAACUAGAUUAUACCAAGGAUAUAAAGAUCUUCUCUGGGCGCCUGGCACUUUCGAAUUCAUUGCCAAAGGAUUUCUUUUCAUAAAAAACUAUCAAAGAUAGGACUCUGUUCACCUGUCUUUUGGGAAUCAGCACAACUCACUCCAGUCUACAAUCUGCUUCGUCUUCCUCCUUGCAGCGUCUCUUCCUUUUCACCUCAGCUAUGGAGCUAGUGUUCCUGAUCAUCAAUGGCAUGGCGAUGAUUUUGGACAUUGCUCUGAUCUUGCUGGACGUCAACUUCUUCCUCGUUUCGACCUUGGUCUCAGCUCUGGUUUGGCUCGUGGCGUUCAUUUAUAACCUGCCCAGCACCUUGGUGGCCUGUGUGAUCCAGUGCUGGAACGGUAUUGGGCUGUUUCUGCUCUGCAUCGCAGAAGCGGCAUAUUACCUGACCAUGGGCUCCCUGCACACUGUGUUCAAUGUGCUGCGUAGUCUCUGCUCCACCAUGGAAAGCUUGAAGUUAGUGGGCCACCUCUUUGCCCACAUAACUCUGAGGAGCAAAGAAAUCAUGCAUCGAAGCUUCUGGAACCUGGUUGGCUCUGGCCAGUCCCUGGUGAGGCAAGUCUGCGAAGUCUGUGCCAUUGCCAUGAGCCUUGUUGCUUACUUAAUCAACAGCACCAUCAACAUCUGCCUCAUUGGUACCCAGAACCUUUUCUCUCUGGGGCUGGUGCUUUGGGAGACGAUUGCUGGCCCAUUUCUGAGAGUCACAGAUAUCUUUGCCGCUUUUGUCGCCCGCCUUUCCAGCAGCGCCAUCGCGAUGGCUAUUCUCUUGUGGACGCCUUGCCAGCUGGCAUUCGAUCUCAUGGCCUCCGUGAGUAAGUUGCUAAUUAAUAUAUUUUUACUGCACCUUUACGGCUUGGUGUUGCUGUCCGUGAUAGUUGCUGCCAGCGUCCUGAUCCUCAAUCCUCACCUGACGCGGACGUUGGCGGGCCAGGUGUCGGACUACCUGAACACCAUGCCGUCUUACCACCGCUUGCUCAGGCACUUGCAUCGUCUCUAUCAGGAAGUGAUGUUGUUGCUGGAUAUGGUCCUGAGGUCGCAAACCUGGCGCAGAUUGGCUGAUUGGAGCCUCCAGUUGGCCAGUUGGAACAGAUUUGCCAGAGGAGCAAACCUCCAAGGUGAACGAGAGCAGCCGUUUGUGGUGGAAGCCAAUCAAGAAAGACAGGAAGUAGCUGGUGUGGUUCAGAGGCAAGCUUUUCCUGCUGCGGCCCAUCCUAGAAGGCCAGAGGCACCUGUGAUUGGUCAACAGGCUGCAGCCCGUUCCCGACACAGAGCCAACAGAGACCAGCUAAGGACAGAUGCUGACCUGCGGCCAUACACGCAACGCAAUGUGGCACCAGGACACCCUCAGGAUGAAGGACCAAGCACAUCAUCCACCAAACCUGCGAUGAAAGAACAACUGAAUGCUCUGGAAGAGGACGACGAUCCGUGGCUGCUCCUCGAAGAGCAAGAGGAGCGGAAGAAGUGUGUCAUCUGCCAGGACCAAACAAAGACAGUCUUACUGCUUCCCUGCCGGCAUCUUUGCCUCUGCCAGCAAUGCGCUGAAAUCCUGCUGCAGCAGGGCAUAUACCAGCGUAACUGUCCACUUUGUCGGCAGAUGAUUCUGCAGGCUCUUAAUGUCUACCUGUGACCAUGUUUUUUUUUUUCUGGGGGGAGGGACAACUUUGUCCACAUUCCAUCAGACUGUGUGAGUGUGUUGGCUACCGAGCACGCCUGUCCUGUAUGAUCUCCUUCAUAUGGAGGUUAGUGCUGUGCUGAUAAUCUGCAUUAGCGCAGGUUACUCUUUUUUUCUUUCCAAAGUACUACUGUAAAUGAGUGAAACUUUGAAAACACUAUGCGUGGUUUCUAUGCACUUCCGUUUUCACUCUCUUGUUGCUGCCAUCAGAAAGCACGGUAGUGGAUCAGAAUGGAUGUCUGGAUCAUUAUUGUUGCUUGGUCAUAAAGGUGUUUUUCUUUUAGUUGAGAUCUUUUAAUUAUUCAGAAAUGGGGCUUAAAAAUGCACCAAAUACUUUGCAAUUAGAGGUAUAUCAAUGGGUAGAUGGCAAGGAACAGGUUGUUUUGAAAACAAGAUCAACCAGGCGCCAAAAUCCCAGGUAUUUUUAUUUUUACAUAUACAUUAACGUCUAGAACAGGUUUGAGUAGAUGCUGCUGAUCUGCAGCUCUCAUUAUAAACAUUGGUGAGGAAUGCUGGGACUUGUGGUCUUUACAGCUUCCAGAAAGACCACACAAUUCCUGUCCUUGGUCUAGAACAUAGAAUAGAACCUGAACUCUUUUCCUGAAUCUGACUGAAACAGUCCCAUUGAGUCAGCUGUUGAAUCCCAUUGACUUUGUGAGUUUCGUUGGGAAUACCAGUAGAAUUCAGACUUUCCUUAGCAGGAAUAAUUCUUAAUCAAGUUUGGAAAAAAGCCAGGGAAUCGCUUUUUAUUUCUUUAUUGGAAGUGUGGUGCCUUCCAGAUGUUUUAGAUUUCAACUCCCUUAAUCCCUGGCCCUUGGCAGUGUUAGUUAAGGCCAAUGGGAGGUGUAGUUCAACUCUUAACAUUAACACUGUGUGAUAAUGUUGUGCACUUUUCUCAUGGGAAGACUUGGAUCUGUAACUGUCUAACUGGUGCUAUCUAUUACAGAAAGGGAUGUGAGUGUAGAGCAGUGUUCCUCCACCCAAGAAGCAUAGCCAGUGCGUUAGAUACUCCUGAAAUGUCCAGUUUGAUGGUGUGGUUUUCAAAAAACCUUGACAAUGGUCCAAAGCAUUUCCUAGCGUUGAGUUUUCCUGUCUCUUUCAGGCCUUCAGAUCCAUAAGAACGACAAGCUGGGCACCCAACAAGUGUCUUUCACGAUAGUUUGCUUUCAAAUCGCAUCAGGAUUUUGUUGCAUCCGUCGGCAUGUAACCUCUACAGGUCACUGAUGCCAAAUUGCCAUUCCAGCCUUCUUGCACAAUGUAUUCCAUCCCCUUUGGGGCAAAAAGCUGAUAAUAGGAUAACUAUUUGUUUGCCAACAGCCAUGUUGUAUCAGCAGUGCUGGAGACGUAAUAGUUUGCUUCCAGGCGCGGCUGUGAUAACCAGAGUAAAAACUGUUUAUGA